CCUCAAUCUCUCAUUUCUCAAUCGCACUCUCACAGAUCAGACGUUAAUUCCAGCUCUUCCAGUGAAAGCGAUCUCUCGGUGUUUCCGCGAAACGCCGAUCGAUCGGUUGAGAGAAUUUGAUUAUGGAAGGGAAUUCAGGCGGCGGAGCUGUCGGCGGAGGAGCGGCAGCUGGAGGUGGAGGGAGCGAUGUGGAAUUGGUCAGCAAGACGUUGCAGGUGGAGCAUAAGCUUUUCUAUUUUGAUCUAAAGGAGAAUCCUCGCGGAAGAUACCUUAAGAUAUCGGAGAAGACGUCGGCGACGAGGUCAACCAUCAUCGUUCCUUCCUCCGGCAUCUCCUGGUUCCUCGAUCUCUUCAAUUACUACGUCAAUUCCGAGGAACACGAGCUGUUUAGCAAGGAAUUGCAGCUUGAUUCAAAGGUGUUUUACUUCGACGUCGGUGAAAACAGGAGGGGACGCUUCUUAAAGGUGUCAGAAGCAUCUGUUAGUAGAAACCGAAGCACCAUUAUUGUUCCAGCUGGGAGCUCUCCUGAUGAAGGAUGGGCAGCUUUCAGGAAUAUCUUGGCUGAGAUCAAUGAAGCAUCAGGGCUUUUCAUGAUGCCAAAUCAGAAACCUUCUGAUGCACAGGAACAUCUGGCUGGGCUUUCAGAUGAUGUUGGAGCUGGAUUUAUACCUGGACAUGGUAGCCAAGCGGCAUCCUCUUCAGAACUUACAGUGGAUCGAGCAUCUGACUUGCAAGGCCAGGAUGAAACCGGAUUGACUGGUGUUUCUAAAGUAAUCAGAGCUGACCAGAAACGUUUCUUCUUUGAUCUUGGGAACAACAACAGGGGACAUUUCCUGAGGAUAUCUGAGGUGGCAGGUUCUGACAGGUCCUCGAUCAUUCUACCUUUAUCCGGUCUAAGGCAGUUUCAUGAAGUAAUUGGUCACUUUGUGGAGAUCACCAAAGAUAGGAUUGAAGGGAUGACAGGUGCAAAUGUCAGGACAGUUGAUCCUCCUCAGAGAUGAAUAUUUUGAUUCUUUUAAGGGGAUGGAAUUAAAUGGAACCAAUUCAAAAUUCCAAUCCCUUAACAUAUUGAAUCUGGCGACAUCAAGUAGCUGUUUCUGAUCGUGGUGUGCAAUAGCUUCACGUAAUGUAUCACUCAUUCACAUCAUCUAAAAUAAUUCGGCAGGAUCAUCAUUUGGCUUACAUAGCAGAUAAAAAGUUUGGACUUUGGAGUCUGCAUCUGGGAAUAAGCUGAAAUCAUCCACCAUUUGUAUCUCUCUAUCUCUCUCCCUUCCAUUCCUCUUAAUAGACAGUUUGAAAAAUGGUGAGUCCUCAUUUGGUUUUGUUCUGUUUAACUUUUUUUUUUUUGUUUUUUUUUUUCUCUCAGUUUGGGUCAUUGGGUGUAUAUCUGUUGACAGCAUCAUGCGUUUCAAUUGUAAAAGAAUAUUGGGGUUUAUAUGUUUGGGCUAAUGCCAGUGGUAAUAAAAAUUGAAGUUCUAUAUAUA